CUUUGCUUUUCCCCAUCCUCUUCCAACCAGUAUCGAAUUUCAUAUUCUCUAACGAAUCGUCCAUCCGACGAUUCUUCCUUUCUUUCCAUCGAUUUCUUCCUUAAAAAAAAACUAAUAUGUAUAUGUAUAUAUAUAUAUAUAUAUAUAUUUAUAUUUCCUUCGUCUUCCCCCCUCCGUUCCCCUUGUGCUCGACGUAGUAACGCGGAGGCCGGCGGCUACGCGAUCGAGGACCAAGCGAGCAAGGUGGACCCGUCGAUAGAGCGAAUCUUUCGUGGAUCAGGCGUGGAGCGUAGAAACUACGCGACCAACUCGAAACGGAACGUCGAGGCGGUCGCGGACAAGACGACGAUCCGUACCGAGGACACGAGGAAACGUCCCCGGAUAAAGCGGGGUGACGAGGUGGCGAAGAGGGGGGCGAACGAGGGGGCGGCGAAGAGCGAGGAGAAACGAUCGUUGCCCGUGAAAAGCGGCAAAAGCGGUAGCUCGAGAAUCGGUCGCUCUUCCAGAGAUCUGCCCAGCAAGCUACCGGUCAAAGAUUACGAGGUACCUCUUGACCAGGAGAAAUCGUCCUCCGUUUACGCGGACGAAACGGAGGAGGACCUCGCCGUGAACACGAAGGACAGGGAGCCGAGGUACAACAGCAGGGUGGGCGAGUACACGGCCGAGGAUUCGGCCCGUUUCAUCGACCAGGAGGAGAGAUCCAGCUUGUACGAUGAUUUCGAGGCGAAGGACGUGGUGAAGAGGGGUAUAACGGGGGCCGAGGAUUACGAGGAGAUGGAGGAGGAGGGGGCCGUGGAGGGGGGGGACGAGGGGGCAGCCUUCGACGAGAGCUCGAUCGAGGAGGAGGUCGGGAACGAGAAGAGAAAGUCGGGGGGGGACGUGAGGGUGAAGAGGGAGCACGAGCACGGUAACGGCAACACCAACAACAAUAACAACAACAACAACAACAACAACAACAACAACAAGGAGGCGCUCGAGGGCGGGGACGCAAGCGGGCCGAGGAUGAACGGGGAGGAGGAUCGUGGCGAGUCGUCGUCGGCGGCCGAACAAAAGGCGAUGGAGCGCUCCUUGAAGCGUGACGCGUCGGAGAAGGGGGAGGCGGGCAAGGGGGAGAGCAAUCAGUCGAGCUCGAAGGAGGGGAAGGAGUCGGCGGGACAACAGUCGAAGAGGAACGUGCUCGACACGAAGAACGAGAACGAGGGAUCGUCCAAAUCGUCGUCGUCGUCGUCGUCGUCGUCGUCGUCGGGUUGCGAUCGGGAUACGGAGAACGCGAAGAACGAGAAACCGAUCCUCUCCCCGAUGAACCCCGAUCAGAAGGUGGAGAUGGUGGAGGGGCAAGACGAGGGCGCCAAGCUUCUGCAGAAUUCUCAGGAGAGUCAAGAGGUGAUGAUGGGUGGUGGUGGGGAGGCGGCCGGGAAGCCGCAGGAGAUCAACUUGUCGGGGAACGAGAACAAGCCGAUCGGCAAUUUGAUCGGCGGCGACUCGUUGGGCGUGAAGGGGAUGGACGCGUCCAAGGCGGAGGAGUCGAAGAUCGUCGACAUGGGGGGCGGCCAGGGGGGGCAGGAGGCGUUGAAGGGGAACGUGGAGAUACCGGUGAACGUGCCGGAGACGGCUGCCGUUGAGAACGCGAACGAAAAGUCGGAAUCGUCGCAGAAGGGGAGCGAGGGGGGUGGCGCGCCGGGCGAGCAGGUGGACGAGGAUUAUCAGAAGCACGUGGAGGAACAGAUCCAGAGGAAGAUAGACUCGAUCAAGGAGGAGAUAAAGAGGGAGAUUACGGAGAACCAGCGUAUCAGGGAGAUAGAGGAGAACAACGCCAAGUUCGAGGAGUUGAGGGACGAGGAGGAGGAGGAGGAGGACGAGGAGGAGGAGAACGAGCAGGAGAACGAGCAACCGGCGAUGAUCGAGAAACGGGACACCGUGUCGAAGAGAUCGCCGGAGAGUGGGGCGGACAAGGGAUCGCAGAUACGGGAGGAGAAACGAUUCGUGGUUUCGAGGCGGAGGAAAAGGCAGGGCGAGAACGGAGGCAGCAGCAAUAACAACGGGAACAACAACAACAACAACAACGGCCAGGAGAAGCAGGACGAGUCGAAUUCGAGCAAGAAGACUCGGCAAGCGGCGACGAUGGCGGCGAAGAAACGAUCGGCGGCGAAACUGGAAGCGCAAGAUCCGGAAAAGAUAGCGAGGAAACGCGAGCGGCCGCGCGAGGUGAUAUUGGUCGAAAGACCGGAUCGGAAAAAAAAGAGGAGACGAAGGGCUAAGAACACGGAACAACGCGGCGCAAAGCUGGAGGGUAAUCAACCAGGUGACUUUGUGCAGGACUCGAGCUUGCGCGGGAACCUCGGUGAUGGAAAGUCGAGCGUGGAUUCGAAGAUGACGGAAGAUGAGAAAGCGGUCGCGGAACGGAAUUCCCUGUCUGAAAAGAAAUCCGGUUCCGUGGCGUCGUUCGCAGGGAGUAACGAAGAGAUGGGCCCAUUGGCGACCGAAUACGGAGAUGCGUUCGGCGGUUUCAACAAUGAUCCUGGGGUGGCGCUAGCUAGAUUUAAACGAAUCAAACGAGUUCUUCGCCCUCCGGUUUCCAAUCCCUAG